AAGCACCAUAUUUAAAAACUGGUUUAGAGAAUCUAUCUGGGUUGUCCAAUUAAUAAAAAUAGAUUUAAAAAAACACACACACACACACACACACUUUUUGCAUUAUUGUGUAUUAUCUUAUUAGAAGGUGGGUUAUCAGUUUCUCUCAUGCAGGUGUAGUCUCCUAGUCCAUUCUGGUCCAUAGGAUUCAUGCUCCAUGAUAAUCCAACAGCUGUAAAAGCUCCUAAUUAACCCCAUUGUCCUAGUCCUCCCUCUCUAAUUCCCAGUCAGAACUCAGAAGAGAUAUAAACAAAACACACUACUAGUCUAUGUAUGUUACUCUGCUGUCCAGCUUGGGCACUUCCAACUCCAGUGAAUAAACAAACACCAACACUCUCUGGAACACAAUCCAAUUACAUUAGCCCACCUGUUCCUAUCCAAUCCUAUCCUCCCGUUUUGCUCUCAAGAAUAUCAGAAUAUCUUGUUCCCCCAACUCAUCCAGAUCUCUCUCUUUCUCACCUUCUCUUUCAAAAAUAUAUAAUCACCAUUCACCAUUAACCUCAUUAUGCCUACAAUCAUUAUUCUUGGUUGCCUCACACGCAUGCCACUUCCAUUCAUCCCUCCAUCUCUUAUCCUCCAUUUCCACAAACCUCUAUAAAUUCCCCUCCUAUCCCCACUCCUUCCCACCUCUUAAUUACUUUCCAAAAUGGCUCUCUCUGGCUUUGAAGGCUUUGAGAAGCGUUUAGAGCUUCACUUCUCCGGUGAUGACCCUCUCGGUCUUCGCCUUCUUCCCAUUGAUGCAAUCCAACAAGUCCUUGAUGCCGUCCAGUGUAGCAUCGUCUCCGCCGCCAGCAAUCUCCACUUCGACUCUUACGUCCUCUCCGAAUCAAGCCUCUUCAUCUAUCCGCAAAAGAUAAUCAUCAAAACUUGUGGCACCACUCAACUCCUCAAAUCCAUCACUUGUCUUCUCAACCACACUGCCUUCAUGAAUCUCCAUCUUCAUCACUGUCGUUACACUCGUGGCAGCUUCAUCUUCCCCAAAGCUCAGCCAUUCCCUCACACUAGUUUCACCGAAGAAGUCCUCUUCUUGGAACAAACCUUGCCGACCACCCUAUGUUAUCGAAAAGCUCGUGUUCUUCCUUCCAAGACUUCACAUUCUUGGCAUGUUUACACCGCCACUGAUCUUUGCAUGGCGGCGGCUCCGCCGGCCGGCGAACUCACCGUUGAGGUAUGCAUGACUGAGCUUGAUCGCGUGUUGGCUAAACGGUUUUAUAGACGGAAAGGAGAGUGUGAAGCCACAGGGCAUGAAGCAGGGAAGGAGAUGACAGAGUUAUCAGGGAUUGAUGGUAUAAACCCCAGAGCUAUCAUCUGUGAUUUUGCUUUUGAGCCUUGUGGUUAUUCCAUGAAUGGCCUCGACCGUGACCGGUAUUCAACUAUUCAUGUCACGCCGGAGGAUGGGUACAGCUACGCAAGCUUUGAGUGUGUCGUGAGAGCUGCCGGCGCGGAGGAGGAGAUCACCGACAUGAUAAGGAGGGCGGCGAGGGUGUUCCGGCCGGGGAGCAUAUCAGUGUCAGUGUGCAUGCAGACGUCGGACAAUGAUGGAAUAGUAUGGAAGGCGGUGACGGAUGCACUGAAGCCACUUGGGAUGAGCUGCCGGAGUAGGGUGGCGGAAGGCUUCCCCGGAGUUGGGACGGUGAGUUAUCAAACUUUUAUAAGUCGCCGGAAGUAGAGUGGGGCAUGUAUGCAUGCAUUGCUUUUUAUGGAUAGAGGGAACAAAUUAAAAUGAGAGAGGAGAUGAUGAUGGUGCAUGGUGGAAUUGCAAAAAUUUAGAUGGAUAUAAUUGACAUAGAAAAAUGAGGAUGAAGAUGGAGGAGGAGGAGGAGGAGGAGGAGGAGAUGAAAGAGAGCAUAUGGAUCAUGUGGAUGGGUGGGAGCACCAUGAUAUAGCUAGCACUCCACUCAACUGCUUUCCACUUAGGUUUGUCACGCUUGAUGGAUACUUUGCAUGGAGGAGGGGAGUUGAAUGUUCCAUUCUUUCUAUCUAGUCUCCUUUUGUCUUUGCUUUCAGCUCUUUUUUCUUUUUUCUUAUUCCUAAAACCAAAAAACAAAAGAAGUGGAACUUUUUGGUUUUCACUUGAUA